AUGUACUUGACUCAGGAACAGAUUGCAACGUAUGAAAGAGAUGGCUAUCUCGUCCUUAAAGACUUCUUUUCUCUUGAGGAAGCCAAUGCUCUGAAAUCCAGAGCAUCGGAGCUGUUGGACGAGUUUGAUCUCAGCACACAUCCAAAGACCAAGUUCAUAACGGGUGCUCACAACCAUGUCGGCGACGAUUACUUUCUAUCAAGUGGUGACAAGAUAAGAUUCUUCUUUGAAGAGGACGCUUUUGACUCGAAAGGCGAUCUGGUUGUUACAAAGGCACGAGCUGUAAACAAGAUCGGACACAACCUCCACGUCAUUGAACCACUGUUUCACCGAUUCACCUUCCAAAAGAACGUUCAAGGCAUCGCAAAGUCUUUGAAAUACAAGGACCCACGAGCAUUGCAGUCAAUGGUGAUAUGCAAGCAACCAAAGAUUGGCGGAGAAGUGCCUCCGCAUAUCGACUCGACCUUCCUAUAUACAUCACCGCCGUCCGCAGUUGGUUUUUGGUUUGCUUUAGAGAACUGCACUCCGGAGAACGGUUGUAUGUAUUUCGUGCCAGGUUCUCACAAAGGAAAUCGGGUGCAGAAACGUUUUGUACGUGAUCCAUCAACAAAUGGCCAGACAACUACAUUUGUUGAGCUGUUGCCUCAGCAAAGAGAUCCAAUGGAAUCCGAAUAUGUUUGUGAACCGACACCAGCUGGAACGCUGGUUCUCAUUCACGGUUCAGUCAUGCACAAGUCCACAUACAACAGGAGUGACAAGAGCAGAUUUAUAUAUACCUUCCAUAUGAUUGAAGGACCAGGGGCAAACUUCAAGUAUCCGGAAGACAAUUGGCUGCAAAUUCCCGGGGGAUAUGAAGCUUUUCCUAAAGUGUUUGAUCCGCCACGAUCAGCUUUGUAA